CGGGAGUCGGGAGUUGGUAGUAUUGCCGAACCCAGGUGAAGCAGGUCUGACAACUUUCAGGAGUUUCAGGCGCGAUUCUGCGAGGCUGCGAGUUAAGUUCAGAUUCAACGUGACUUUCGACGUCUUCACACUGUUGUUCCCAGUGAAUUUUACAUUAAAGUGGAGAGCAGUGGAGAGUCUCAACCGUCUGCACUCUAGAGUUUGGAGUAGUGUACGUCGCUUACGUCACAUUUAGCUUCUGUAGUCUCUCGUGAUCGAAACGAGGGAACAAUCAGGAUUACACGAAGGACGAUUCGAAGAUUACGCCUGCGAAGCUGCAAUUCUUGGCGGAAUGGCUGCCGCGAGUCGCUACGUCGCGACGUGCACGUUUCUGAUGGUACUCUCGUUGUUGGUGGAGACAGGAUAUGGCAUACGGUGCUAUCAAUGUAACAGCGUCAGCAGCGAGUAUCCAUUUCAGUGUAAUGAAUUCCUGACGAGCGACAAUGAUCUUGAACCUGAUCCAUGUGAUGAUGUUUACGGAGCGCAGUAUUGUGUCAAGCAUAUAGGCCGUUUUGAGGCGAUGACCUUGGAUUGCUAUCAGUGCACAUCGGCGGAUGAUUGGAAAUGCAUGGAUAGCGAACUGGUUAAAAAUAUCUUGAUGCCGAGAAAUUGUAGUCACGUGUAUGGGGCGCGUUAUUGCAUCAAAUCAAUCGGCCGUUACGGAGGUGGCAUCGGUACAAAGCGAUUUUGCUCAUCCGUGCACAUGGGAAACUACUGUGACUACGUAAAACAGCCGGGUGACAAGCUGACUUAUCGCACUUGUGUAUUCACGUGUUCCGAUGACGGAUGCAAUUCAUCGAUAUCCUUUGUGCCGAAUGCAAUGUAUAUAUGGAUUAUGCCAGCGAGCUUAAUUGUAGCUUGGAAAAAGCUGUUUCACAGGUAGAAGCUUCUCUGAGAACCUUAAUGUUAAGAGUCUAACAAAUUUAUUGUUUAUUGUUAUCAACGAAUCUCUCUUACGCCUUUCUUUAAAUUUUUUUAAACAUAAGUAUUCAAAUAAUAAAUUUUUAAUCGCUGCCAACUUCAAACGUCAUAUAAACGUCAGGAGCUUAUAUAAUUAAAAAUUAAUUUUAUUUUUUAGGACAAUAAUAUAUUUAUAUAUCUUAUUAUAUAUUUAUAUAUUUAAUUUUUUUGUAUAUUUCAUAUAUUUAAUAAUGUAAUAGACUAUUCCUAACAAAACGAUGAACUGAAGUGAGAUACGUCCGUCCAUUCAUAAUAAAUAUAAAAUUCUAAAAGAGCAUUUUAUAUUAAGAUACAUUUAUAAUUUGCACUUUUAUAUAUAUUAUAUUGCACUUUUUUAUCUUGACUAUGUGUACCGACAUAAUAUAUAUAAUUAACUAUUAUGCAUAAAUUUUAAACAAUAUUUUUGCUUAUAUAUUAAUGAAUAAUAAUACGUUUUAUAUACAUAA